UUACCUUAAUGAAUUUCUUAUCACCACCACAACCCAUGUUCACCGUGUAUAUAUGGCAUGAAGGUAAGUAUAAUGUCACAAUCUAGAUUCAUACUGAGAGGCAGAUUGUAUUAUACUGUUUACGCGUCUGCUCUUCUUACAUGUGGUAUAUUACGUGCAUUACCUUACUGCCACUAAACACUAUAAAUAAGCUGCUUUACCUGCAUUGAAGGAGUGCAAAUAUAAUAUACUAAAAAACAUAGUCAAUCAUGAAAACCUGUUAUUCCAUCCUGUUUUACUACUUUGUUCUCUUCAUUUUGUCACAUUACGGAACCAGUGAGGCUAAGACAGCAUUAUCAAAUGACAAUGUUUAUAUCGUGUACAUGGGAGCUAACAAGAAUAGCUAUGAUACACUUCUUAGUUCAUUGAUAAGCAGGAACCAGAGUUCAUUAAUACAUACCUACAAGCACGGGUUCUCAGGAUUUGCUGCACGAUUAUCAGAGUCAGAAGCACUUCAACUGUCCAAACAACCUGGAGUAGUGUCAGUGUUUCCAGAUCCCCUGCUACAACUCCAUACAACGCGUUCAUGGGAUUUCUUACAGUACGGAACUUCCCCAAGGAUUGCCUCCCAAUCAUCACACUCUAAUGCUGCAGUGUCACCCACUGAAGGAUCAGAUACUAUUAUUGGUUUUUUAGAUUCAGGUAUCUGGCCAGAAUCCGAGAGCUUUAGUGACAAAGGCUUGGGCCCAAUACCGCGGAGAUGGAGAGGGAUUUGUAUGGAGGGAAAAAACUUCAGUUCAUCAAAUUGUAACAAAAAAAUAAUCGGAGCAAGACACUACAGCAAAUCGAUAAUGGCCUCACCUAGAGAUGAUUUUGGCCAUGGCACACAUGUAGCAUCAACUGCAGCAGGUGCUCCUGUAGCCAAUGCUUCAUAUUAUGGAUUAGCUAAUGGGACAGCAAGGGGAGGAUCCCCUACAUCACGCAUAGCUUCGUAUCGUGUGUGCUCCAAUGAGGAGGGAUGCCCUGGAUCUGCUAUCUUGGCUGCGUUUGAUGAUGCUAUAGCAGAUGGUGUUGAUAUGCUGUCCUUAUCCCUUGGAACUGGAUCUUCAUUUGAAAAUGAUUUCGCCACUGAUGCUAUAGCUAUUGGUGCAUUCCAUGCUGUACAAAAAGGGAUCACUGUGGUCUGCUCUGCAGGGAAUGGCGGCCCUUCUCCUCAAUCUGUUGUAAAUGUUGCUCCUUGGAUCUUUACUGUUGCUGCUACUACCAUUGACCGUGACUUUGAGUCUGAUGUCAUCUUAGGCAACAACACAAGAAUUAAGGGUGGAUCCAUUAACUUCUCAAAGCUUAUAAAGUCUCCAGUAUACCCACUAAUAUCUGGAGGAUCAGCCAAGAAUAAGUCUGCAAGUGAAUAUGAAGCAAGGAAUUGCUACCCAGACGCAAUUGAUGCAGAGAAGAUCAGAGGAAAAAUUGUCCUUUGUCAGCAAGCAGACAACAGUGAUUAUGAUAUGUAUUGGAAGCAAAAGAAAGUUAAUGAAAGUGGUGCAGUAGGGUUGAUAAUUGUCAGUGAUCUAAUGCGAUUAUUUGCAAUUAAAACGGGUGACUUCCCAAUGACUGUAAUCACAUCAAAGGAUAGCAACCAAAUUCUUGCAUACAUAAAUGCGACCAAAAAUCCUGUUGCUACAAUCUUACCGACAAAAACUGCCCAAGGAUUUAAGCCAGCACCAACAGUUGCCUUUUUCUCAUCCAGAGGUCCUUCAUCAACCACAUUAAACAUUCUCAAGCCUGAUAUUGCUGCACCAGGAGUAAAUAUCCUUGCAGCGUGGAAAGGUAAUGACACAUUAGAUGAAACCACACCUGAGGGAAGAGAACCUUCUCUAUUCAACGUGAUUUCUGGAACCUCUAUGGCAUGUCCGCAUGUUACAGGCAUUGCAGCGAACAUCAAAGCUCAGAAUCCUGCUUGGACUCCUGCUGCUAUAAGAUCUGCUAUCAUGACCACUGCAACUCAAACCAACAACAUAAAUAGGCCAAUUACCACACAAUCGUUUGAUGAGGCAACCACACCAUACGAUCUUGGAGCAGGGGAGGUGAACCCGAUUGGGGGAUUACAUCCAGGAUUAAUUUAUGACAUCGAGCCAGCUGAAUACCUGAAUUUUUUGUGUUAUUAUGGAUACAAUAUGUCAACCAUAAAGCUUAUCGCAGGUGACCUUCCAAUUGGAUUUUCUUGUCCCGUAUCUUCAAACACUGACAUGAUAUCAAACAUCAACUACCCAUCGAUAGCUAUAUCCAUGAUUGACACAAUAGGUCCUAUUAUAGUGAAUAGGACUGUCACAAAUGUUGAUACUGAUGAUGAUCCAGUCUAUAAUGUAACAGUUGAAACACCUACAGGACUUGAGGUAGAUGUGAGUCCUACUGAACUAAGAUUCACAGCAGCUACCAAGAAGUUGGAAUACAUGGUUACAUUUUCCACUUCUGAUUCGUCUGUUAAGGGAGAUUUGUUCGGGGCAAUCACUUGGAGAAGCAACAAAUUCAUAGUGAGAAGUCCAUUUGUUGUAAGCCGGAGUGGAGCUUAAUUUAGGCUAUAUUUUGUAUUAAUCUCUCACAGUUGGCGUAAUAUUUCUAUUGUAAUGAUGAAAUAACUAUCUUGUACGAAAGUUUGCAGUAUAUCAAACUUCUAUAAAACAAGAAAUAUUGACAUAGCA